CCGUGUCGCGUCGGCGCUGCCGACUUCCGGCGGAGACAAGCCCAUGUGGACGGCACGGCGGAUGCCACGAUCCACGAUCAGAUCAGUCCGUGAUCAAGCGUGAUUCUCGGCGCGCCCGUGUCCGCACGUUCUCGCACGUCGCAGAUCUUUCCGCUCUCCCUCCCGGUUGCUCCCUCGUCGCGCCAUCCGGACUCCGUCUCGUCGCCAUGGCGGACCUGGACGAUUUUUUCGCCAAGAAAGACCGGAAGAAGGCCAAGGGCAAGAAAUUCGCCACGACCGACGAGGUCGCCAAGAAACUGGAAGAAACGGGCAAGCGGCCCGCCGAGAAGCCCAAGCCGAAGGAGAAGCCGGCUAAUCCCGAGGGCGAGGAAUCCCAGCACACCGAGGACGAAGACGAGUGGAAGGAGUUCGAGGAGGAGAAGAAAGACUACAGUGGUUUGAAAAUAGGACACUUAACGGUGAACGACAGCGUUGACGUAGAAUCAGACGGAGAGGGUGGUGCCUUCGAAAUCGGUUCGGACGGAGAGAUCGUUGAGGGCGGCACAAAGCACACGGGACCAUGGAAAAAGCGGGAAGUGGUGCCGGAAGCGCCCGCCGCCGAGGUGGUGGAACCGACCCCGCCCGCCCCACCUGCUGCCGCCUCCUCGACUGGAAGUAGUUACAAAGCACCACACUUACGAAAUCAACCUACGUUCGCUAGUCCGCGACCACGAGGAAGAAAUAUCGCGCCCGAUAUAAAUAGUGAGGAAUACUUCCCAACCCUGAACUCCAAGCCCCCCCAGCCAAAUAAUGGCAGCGGUCCAUGGGGCACCAGACGGCGGCGAGAGGAAGGAGCGUUUGAGGAAGUUCGCACCCGAGGUGGCAGUAGAUCGUACACGGUGCCAGAUUCGCAAGCCAAGCUCUGCCUUGGCAACAAAUACGACGCCCUGCAAGAUCAGAGCUGAAAACGCCUUUUUUCAGCUCUGAUCGACGGAAUCAAAAACACGCAAUCACAUCGUCGCCCCUCUCCGCUUCGUGGCCCAACCUCAACCUCGCCGAGAAAAUCUAUUUUAUAGACUAGGUGUAUGCACACAUACACACGCCCCGAGUUGAUAAAAUUUCGGGGAUGCUACGUCCGGUUCUCUCGUCGGCGAUUCCGAAAUGAUCGUGAGACGGAUCGUCGAUCCUAUAGGUAUUUGCACACACACACACGUGCGCUCAUGGACCUUGUAACUAACUCGAAAUGAAUAUCGUGCAUGUGCGCAAGCUUAUUUUCAUACCGUAUAGACAACGUGGUUGGAAAUCGAUUUUUAUAUAUUUCAUUUUGUAAUCAGCAUAGGGUGUAGUAUGCUGCUUCCAGGAAAGCGUCAGGACGAUAAAAGAAUGGAUUCUGACGCUCGAAUCCUCAAAAACCGGUGGGCCGGAACGCGACGUUAUUACCGCGAGUAAUGCGUUAUCGUUACGCGGAUUAUAGUCUAAAGAAAAAGUAUCGUUCGUUAAGGUAUUUUACGUGGUAUUCGCACUUUCUUUUUCAUACGGUGCUACUUUUAAUUUAGCGUGCAUACGUACUGCCACGAUCGAUGCCUUCUCAUUGAGUAUUAUCGAUGUAAAUAGGACUGAUCAUGUUGACACGUCCGAACACGAUAAGCUUCGAGAUCGAGAUUCACGCGAUUAAUGUGAGCGGCUCUGUAUGAGAGCUAUAUCCUCGAAUAACAUCUUCGAAGGAUCGCGGGAUGCUUCUUGGACUCUCUCUCUCUUUUUCUCUCCACUUUCGAGUGGAGGGAGAGUAUCGCUUCGCUCAAAAUGGCAACGUGCGUCAACGAACGAAAAUUUCUAGAUAAAUUAAGGUAUAUAUGUAUAAUAUAUAUAUAUAUGUACAUGUAUAUUAUUAAUCGAAUUUUUCGCGGGGCUGGGCUUUGGAACGGCGCGGAAACGGUAAGAGUUUCGAGAGAACGACGACGAAGUAACACAAACGCAACUUUUUGAGUGAGAGUAACGAGGGGCAAAAUAGUUAAUUAAAAGCGUGAAACACAAGCUACCGUGUCGCGGUGGGGUUGUGCACAAAAUAGGAGGGAGAAAGACAUACGCAUACUUACACACGUGUUAAACAUAAAACGGAAAUUCUAUGUACGCUUUUGUUGACGAUUGUAUAAUUCCUCUUUUUGUUGAUAUCAAGAGUUUCUUUCCCAAGAUGAAGAACACGCGGCGAAUAAAUAUCGAAUCCGUUUCUUGGGGAACGGUUUCUCUCGUUGGCGGAUCCUCCUCGGCAGGGUGACCCGUGACGCGUGUUAUUUACGGAACACGAGGAGGAGAGAGAAUGCCAUACGGAAACGGUAGAUAAUAAUAAGAAUUCUUGUAUAGCGUGUGAUAAAAUGUGAUUAUUUAUAAAUAAAUUUCUUAGGAUAACUCGUACACGUACUGCCUCCGAGCAUUUUUUUUUUAAUCUGCCGUACCGUACAUCGUCGAUCAACCGAUUCUCGAAGCGAGGAGAAGCGCAACGCUCGAUUACCCGCGUGCGCGAGUGAUCAGUGAUCUGGCCGAUCGUCUUUCCGCGACCGGCGACCGCGACUCACGUCCGUCAGAAGCACGUCGGCCGCGGAUGAACAUCGCGUUGUACAACGCCCAGGAGAAGUUUAACUUGAGCACGCGGCGGAAGCGCGCAACACCGGUGCCUCUUGGAGACAGUUUCGAAUUGAUUUUGAUCGCCGCGGCAACGCGGACUAGCCUGCCCUUUGUUACAGAAUAAUUGAGAUACAAUAAUUUUAUCGCUACUGUUACAUGAGAGCGAGCGAUAGAAUGACAGGAAGUGAGAGUGCGCGAAAGUGUGGGAUGCGAGCGUACGUGACGUAUUUAAUAAAACUCAAUCACCGAGA